AUGCAUACAGCACAUCCAGAUGAUAAACGAAGUGCUCACAAUGCUCUGGAACGACAACGGCGUGAAAUUUUGAACAUGAAACUACAGCAAUUGGCUCAUGCAUUACCCGCACUGCAAACGGUUCGUCGUCCAAGUAAAACCAUGAUUGUAGCAAAAUCGUUGGAUUUUGUGACAGGCAGUGGUCAACGCGAAGACAAAUACGUCAAUCAAAUUCUUGAACUACGCAAGGAAAACGAACGUCUAAGAAAACAGGCUCGUGCUCACAGCCAAUCCUUUGAAAAAACGCCCGCCAACUCUAUUUCGUCUCCUAAAGCGCCGUCCAUGGCAACGACCUUGAGUACAAAAGAUACCGAUUUUUCACCGCCAGCUACCCCCGAUACAUUGUCUGAUGCCAACUCGGAACGCCGCAAUUCCUCCAUCUCAGAAAUAAAUGAAGCUAUCAAUGGUUCAUCGUCUUCGGCAGCCGACACUUCCAUGCUACCUUUCAAUCCAUCGACCACGGUGCCUGACUUAUUCUUGAACGAUUCCAACUGGGUGAUGAUGGAACUUACUAUGGAAAAUACCGUCGACGAUAUGUCUUGUGCAAAUCCAUACAUGACGCCCAGCGCCCUAUUUAUGCCGGAUUUCGAUAUGUACAACGGACGUGACCUAGGAGCGCAAACCUCGGUAACCCCCUCCAAUAUCUCGGAUCCAUUACUGUUCUCACCCUACCAAAUAUCAGAAACGGCCGAAGGUAAGCAUCAUGAAUUCGCUUGA